CAUUGUUGAUAGCGGGAAAUCGAAAUGCAGAAAAGGCCAUCAGAAUCAUGACUGAGUAAUUGACAACCGCGUGUAGUCUUUCAGAACGAUUGUAAUCAUGGGGAUUCAGGGACUGCUACCAUUCUUGAAGAAAAUUCACUCCCCUGUGAACGUGGCCAAGUUUGAAGGUUGCACGGUAGCUAUAGAUGCCUACUGUUGGCUGCACAAGGGGGCCUUUGCCUGUGCUGACAAACUAGCACUCGGGGAGAAAACUGAUGUUUUCGUUCACUACUGCAUGAAGUACCUGGAAUACAUGUUGAGAAAGAAUGUCAAACCUAUCAUGGUGUUCGAUGGAUGUCGCUUGCCGUCAAAAAAGGAUGUGGAAAAAUCACGCAGAGAGAAGCGUGAAAUGUACAGGAAGAAAGCAGCCCAAAUGCUGAGGGAAGGGAAGCGUGCUGAGGCCAGAGAAUGCCUUCAGCGAUGUAUAGACAUCAGCCCGGAGAUGGCCUUAGAAGUGAUGAAUACAUGUCGAGCGCGGGGGAUCGACUGUAUUGUGGCUCCCUAUGAAGCCGACGCCCAGCUGGCCUUCCUGUGUAAACAAGGCAUUGCUCAGGCUAUCAUCACAGAGGACUCGGAUCUCCUUCUUUUUGGCUGUAAACAGGUCAUAUUCAAGAUGGACCACUUCGGUAAUGGAGUGUUAAUUGAAAGUAACCGUUUAAAUGAAGUACUGGGGAUAUCUGAGGGCUACUACACCUUUGAGAAGUUUCGUUACAUGUGUAUCAUGUCUGGUUGUGAUUACUUACCCUCUCUGCCAGGAAUAGGACUCGGGAAGGCUAGCAAGGUGUUCAAGCUGGCUAGACAGACAGACUUACAGCUGUUGCUGAAGAAGUUCCCGUCCACCUACCUCAAGAUGUCCCUGAGUGUUCCACAGGAGUACAUUGACAACUUCAUUAAGGCUGACAACACGUUUCUUUACCAGCUGGUGUUUAACCCCUUGAGGAGGGAACUGGUUCCCCUCAACCCGUACCCUCCUGAGAUCAGCAGUGACCAACUUGACUAUGCAGGGCCUUACAUUCGCGGUGACAAGGCACUGCAUAUUGCAUUGGGGAACAUCAAUAUCUACACCAUGCAAAUGUUUGCCAACUUCGAUCCUGAUACUUACGUGCCACCUAAAACUAAAAAGAAGACUUCUUGUCCCUCACACAUGCUCUCAAUGUGGAACAAGCUGUAUAAAGUACGACCAAAGUUUGUUGACAAAGGCACAGUGGAAGUGACACGCCCAAACUUGCAGGGGAAAGAACAGACAUGUACUUUAAAACUUCAAAGAAAAAGUCCCAGUAAGCGACAAAGACCUGUGGACGAGAGUGCUGACACGAGGUCUGACUCAGAGUUGUCGGGGAUGUACAUAUCCAAGUCCCCUUUAAAAGAAGAGUCCAGCAACAGAUGUCUGCCAGAAGAUGGGCUGUCUGCACUGUCACCCUGCCGCAAACGUGCAAAGAUGGACCUGGACUGUAGCCUCACGGAGGAGUCGGAGAUAAAAGACUCGGGCAAGGAGGAGGAUCAGGAAGUCUUGUCAACUCCAAAGAAGGGGUCCCCUGAGGACAGGAGAAAAUUCAUGGCCUCUCUGAAGGAAGCUGACACUGUUGUGUCCAUUAACACGCUGGCUUCACCAGACCAGGUAUCCCCCAGGGACAAGGAAAACUGUCUGCAGUCCCCCAAGAGGAACAAGUUUGCUUUCCUGAUGAAUAAACGACCAAGGUUUGACAUCAAUGCCAAAAAAGAAUUGAAAAGCAGGUAUUUUGCCUCCAGUUCUGACAAGGACAGCACAACUAGCCAGCCACGGGAUGAAAGAGGAAGUGACCUAACAACCAACUCUCCUCAGCAGAUUGGCAAGAUGGAGCGUAAUUCUCAAGUCACAAAAACCAAAGUGACAUCACCUGAACCAAAGGUCAAACUCAGGUCACCUGUUAAUAAAGCGAAGGUCAGCUCACAAGGCCAAGUAAAAGCUUCACCAGGAUCAGUGUUUUCAUGGUCAAAGUUCAAAUUUUCUAAACAGGCUGAAAACCAAUCGCCUAAUAUAAAUUCCCAGUUCAAACAGAUUGUAAGUAAACCUAAGAACUCUUUUCAGAAAUCAUUAUCAAGUACAGAGUUGGACUUGUCCAGCAGUGACAUUACAAUAGUUAAAGAUGAGUUUGUGUCUGCUAGUCAACCAAACCCUAGGUGCCAUGGUAACAGUUCUCAGAAUUCCCAGAAUGCUUCAUCACGUGUCCCUGGUGACGAUUUACAGAGUAGCUGUAACAGUGUGCGUGGCAGCAUAGACUCUUUCUGUAUGACAGACAGCCAAACAUCUCAGGAUAAACCACCCUCGCUUCCUUCCCUUCCCUCAUGUGUUACCCAUAGCGACACUGAAGAGGAUGCCAGACAAAGUUCAACAACCUCAGCCUCAUUAUGUGUAUCUCCUGCAGUACCUCGAUCUACAUUAGGUGGUGUAACCAAAAAAGCAUGUCGUGUAUCUGGAUUAUCGCGAGGACAGAAAACAACCAAGAGUAAAGUCUCCAGGGCUCCAGACAAAAAGCAGUGCAGUAUUAAAGACCUUUUCUCUAAAUUCAGCCAUACCAGGUCAACACCAAAGUUAAGUCACGCAGAGAAAACUGUGAUAAAGGAUGAAGAGGAAGGAUGGAUGACUCCAUCCUUAGACAACAAGGUUCUGUCUACUGUGGGAGGAGUACAGAGAAAGCUCCUUGCCUGACCUAAACAAUGGACUCAAUCCACAGACAAGGUUCUGUCUACUGAGGGAGGAGUACAGAGCAAUCUCCUUGCCUGACC